AUGACCAACCAAGUCAACUUUUUCGUUGACCAAGAAGUCGGCCAUCUAUGCGAACUCGAACCGCUGCGUAAAAAUUUGCAGCAAAUUUCAAGCCUUCUCGAAUCGUACACUGCCGUGAUCAAUUGCAACGGGAGUCUGGCUAGGCAUCUGAAUUUUCCGUUGUUCAGCAGUCGAAUGGAAUCCAGAGUUAGCGGACUGUUUAGCAGCCUCAGUCCCUGCGUCGUGGAGUCAUCUACUACGAGUCUCAAUUGUAACUUCAAUCCUAGUUGGACGGAUUUGAUCUGUGCAGAGAUCUCACCGGAUCAAUUUGAGUCUUGUGGUGGUCUUGUUCGAUGUUGCGUUUGGGACAAGACAAUUGAAAUGAGGGAAAGUGAUCGCGCGACGCUCUGCUCAGGUGUUCUUCAGAAGCUUCUACUGGCGCCAGCCGAGGCGGUUGAUGUGGAAAAAGAGCACGAGACGAGACUGCAAAUAAUUACAGAUCUGAAUAAUCUGCAAGGUGAUGUUAUGAAAGUGGACGGGAAGAUUCGGAGUAUACUUCGUAUGCUUCAAGAAAAGGAUCACACUCGCGACCUGGGCGUACCUCCUUCAGACUUAACAUAUGCCGCUUCAGGUUCAAGAAAUUCUUCGGACACUGACGGCAGUCCAUCGAGUCGUGAGCAGUGUGAAAUCAGUUUGGAAGGAAAUAGCGAAAUAAGGGACGACAGUGGCUUGACUGGGGUUCUCGUGAAGCAGAGUCAAUCGGAGACUUCUUCACCAAGAAGAAUCUCAUCUUGGACUGCUUCGGAGAGAGGGCAACUUCGGGCUUUUUUAGCCUCACGAAAACACAUGAGCUGGUCCCGAAUAGCACAAGAAUAUGAACAAGAGUAUCACAAAGGACGAAGUGCUUCUUCUAUAUCCGGGCAGGCUCGUACUAUGGGUGUUCAUAUGGGAUGCAAGUCCAAGAAACAGCGAUCCAAAACGGCACGAACGGGGCUGUUGGUGUUAAAAGUUGACUUUGGGAAAGACCAACCAGACACUAACAAUAGGCCAGCUGAUACGACUGUCGCAAACCCAACUCUACUCGAGUAUGGAAUGAGCAAGGAGAACACACAAAGAACUUGUGAAUAUCAACCACCUCAAACCGAGAUGGCGAGUGUCGAAGAGACUUUUCCAGUCAGCGCGGACCCAGAAUUGAACAUUUGUUCCGAUUUGCAGUCUAUCGCCAGUCAGAUUCAAAGCCCAGAGUCUCCUCCGGGCCCUUUCCGUUUAAUAUUGAACUGA